ACGUCAUUCUGUUUCCUAGCAACGGUGAACGCUCCGGCGCCUGCCUGCCGUUAGCGCUAAAGCUAGCAGGGCAGCUGUGUUGAUUAAACAUGAAGGAUGGAGAUGAUGACCUGGACGAGCUGCUCGAUGAGGUCGAAAAGAAGUUUUGCCGUAACGUUUCUGUCACGUGUUUAGCUCGCGAGGAUUCAAAGGAGGCUGGAAAAGGCGGGAACGACACAGAGGGACAGAGGAAACACAGGUAAACAAAGCUAACUCUGCUAGCUAGAGUCACCGAGGAGAAGCCAGUUUAAAAGCUUUUUAUUUUGGUCUCGUCUGAAGAUCCAUCAUCUUCUGUUAUUUACAAACUCAGGUCUGAGGUCAGAUAUCAGUGAAGUUCUCCUGUUUUAGUGAAUCAGCCUGAUAAAACACAGAAAAUACACAGAAUGGACCCAGCAUGGUUUCAUCUUUACUUACAGUAAAGAAAUAAAACUAAGAAAAAUAAACUGUAGUAACAGAAAUCAUGUCUCAGAAAAAUAUACUUGUCAUUUUGAUUUUCUAGUCUGACCCAUGACCCAUCUGUUAACAUGGAGGACUUUAUGAUGAUGAUAAUAAUAAUAAUAAUAACUUUUUUAUAGCCCUUUUAAAAACAGAAGUUUACAAAGUGUUUUGGGAAACAGUCGUACAGCUCAUGGAAAUAAAAACUAAAGCUCAGUGAAAAACUCUGAAUUAAAGGUCAUGAGGAACCUACAACAUAAACUGAGACCAAGAGACCAAAAUAAAAACAUACAAUAGGAAAGAAAAAGAAAUGUAAUAAAAGAGGGUAGUAGAAAGCACAAAACAGAAUAGUAAAUAUAAAAAGAGGAUAGAAAUAAUAAUAAUAAAAUCAAAAUAAAAUAAUAAUGAUGGUAAUAGUAAUGAUAAAAUGGAAAAACAAAAAUGAGCGGAAAAAAAACAAAAUCAAUUAAAGGCCUAAACGGUUAAAUAAGAAAAGAUUAUAAGUAAAACAUAAACUAAAAAGACAGAAAGUCGAAAUUAGAAAAAACAUAAAAGACGUCAUCACAUAAAAUCAAGUCUGUAAAAGUGAGUUUUUAAAUUUGACUUAAAGAAGCGUCUGUCUCUGCUGUUCGCCUUCUCUCCUCUGAAGGUCGUUCCAAAGUCGAGGAGCUCUGAUGGACAAAGAUCGAUCACCUUUAGUUUAGAGACUUUGGAACGACCAGGAGGACUUCAGAGGAUCUGAGGCUGAGAGUUUUAUUCAUAAGGAAGUAAAAGCUCUGAAAUGAAGCUCAGAGCGAGUCCUUUGAGAACUUUAAAAGUAAUCAAUAAAAUCUUAAAAUCAAUUCUAAAACUGAGAGGAAGUCAGUGAAGGGAGGAUAAAACUGGAGUGAUGUGACGCCGUCGACUAAAACCAGACAAAAGCCGAGCUGCUGCGUUCUGAACUCGUCUGAGGAGAGAGAGUGAUGAUCUACACUGUGAAUACUGACAGAUGAAGAAUAAUCAACUUUUUAUUUAGCAGCACCAAACCUGCACAGUCGAGGAGCAGCAUCACUGAGGACAUAGACGCUCUUCUGGAGGAAUUACUGGAGGACGACUGCAGCGAUCCUCCUCCUCAGCAGAAGGUUUAAGAAAUGUUCCUUCUUAUCAUGAAAACUUAUCUGCACGCCUGUUUGUGAAGAAAUGCAGGACACUCAUGAUUUCCACGUAUUUGAGUUUAUCACCUCGUUUUGUUUCAGACUGAACAUUUUCCUGAUGCAACACACAAGGAGAAGAAAGUGUCCUCUCAGUUUGGAGGGAGGAAGUAAGUGAAAAUUCUGGGUCUCAAUAAAGACUGCACGGUGAAUAAUGAGACAAAGAAAUGACUGUGUUGAUGUUCUAUUUUGAUAAGUUCAGCUUUAAAAACUGCUCUGAUCUGAAAUGUCCUGAUGUCUGUCGAAGCUGGUCGUGUUUUUCUGCGUUCAGAGACGGUCUGUGCCGUUUGUUCUGCUUCCAGGUGCUGUCCGGUUUUUGUUGGCGGGAGCUCGCUGCCAAAUGGCGUGGGAACAGCCACGUCUCAGAGGUGCGAAAAAUAACCGAAAGCCUGGUGUUUAUCACGUCUCAUACAAACAUGAAACUUUGGUACAAAUGUUGGAUCCAACAGUCCUCAGAGGAAGAAAUGAUCGUCUGUUAUUUACCUUUCAUUAUUCUGAAUCAGUGUGUAGAUGCACCGCAGUGUAACGGUAAUACCUCCAUCCUCAGGUCAUGUGAUCAGCUGAGGUGUACCUCCUGUGACUUCAGGGUGCUGAUGUUUGAUGACUGUGAGUGGGACUCGUCCUGUGAUUACCUGUUCCUCAGGUAAAAACUGCUGAAAAAUGUGUUUUUGUUAAUCACUGAAAAGAUAUUUAGUGAGAACUUUACCUGAUCUGUCCGUGACUCUUUCAUGCUCUGGCUCUCUGUGUGAGCAGGAACAACAUGCCGGACCGUCAGAAGCUCCGAGCGAAGCUGAAGAAGAGGAGAGGUCAGAGAGCGUACGCCUGUCAGUGCAGCUGGUUCUCCACGUCAGAGCCCACAGACCUCCGAGACCGAGCUCAGCUCAGCUGGGUGUGUGGAAAACACCGGGACUGAAAAACUCGCUCCGAUGAUACAGACGCCUGAAUAACUCAUGCUGCUUCUCCUUCCUUCCUCUGACUCUGGAGUUCUCUCUUCUCCACGGUUAAAGCAAACUGAAGCAAAGUUUGACCAACGAUAGUGAGGAGAAUAGAUGAUAGUUUUAAUACUUUUUUAUCACCUUUUAUAUAAUUCACUUUGAUUUUCUCAUCCUUACACAAACUUGAUUUCCUUGAAGCUCAAAAGUCGAUCAUAUAGACGUGAUUUUAAUACGAUCUCGAUGUCUCUAAGGAUCAUAUACACAGUAUUUAACAUUUUUAACAGCAGAUAUCUGAACCAGUUUUUGCUGCAGGUAAUUUGACUCACCGCUCUGUAGUUCAGAGUAUGUUAAUCAUGUGUUAUUGCAGGAAGGCUUUGUUUGAACCAUUAACUGUUGUGGUCCCAACUUUCAGGUUUACGAGGAGCUCAAUUUUUUACCUCCUGCAGGAAUAGUUUCAGCUUUUAAAAAUGAACCUUAAAUUAAUGUGUUUUACGUCAUAAAUUGUUGGCUGUAAAACUAAAACUAUAAAGUGUGUUGCAGUUUUAUUAU